AUGGGUGAAGUACUAAUGACAAAUACAUUCGAUGACAUCGAAUUAACACGUAUUAUUCAAAGUAAUCAUCGAAUGCGUCAAAUGGUUCAACAAGCUACAAAUGAAUUUUUAUCAUUACAGAGUGAGCUAUUACAACAAAUAGAAAAAGAAAAAUUUGAUCAAACAAUUGAACGAAAGUCAAAACCAUUGAUUGAUAUAUUGAAAAUUCAAAGAUUGAAUAAGCAAGUAAUUGCUGAUAAAGUGCAAUUAGCAUUUGUUGGUGAGAAUUCAUCCGGUAAAACAUCAUUAAUACAUUUUCUUUUGGAAUCGGACCCAUUUUUACCGUCUGAUGUUGGUUCAGUUAGUGCACGCAUUAUUCACCUGACAUAUUCAAAUAGCACAGAAGCAUGCCUAUAUGUUUAUCAAUCAAUAAAUGAACGACACAAAGAACCUAUUGAAAAGGUUAAUUUAAGUGAAUAUUUUCUUCAGCCAGAGCCUAAUUGGAGUGGCGUUAAAGAUGCUAUUCAACAACAUGUUGCACGACCAGAUCCCGAAAAGAUUCCCAAAGAUUCCACUGAGUUUGCUGAAUGGGCAAAACAUUUUGUCAAAAUUCAAAUCCCAUCAAAGCUUUUAAAAUUGGGUAUAGAUUUGUAUGAUACACCUGGUUUGUUAUUCUCGGAUCCACCAGUUUUAAAAAAGAAUUUACGUGAUCUCAUCAAAACAGUAAUACCAACAGUUGUUUUUAUGUAUGAAAAUCCAUCAGUUAUCAGUGACACGAAAGACUGUUUUUUGGCGUUAAAAGAAGCACUUGGUAAGCAACUUGAUGAUACUAGAAUAUUUUUCUUGAAUACAAAGGUUGAUAUCGGUACGAUUAUCACUAAUGAUGAAGAGAUAAACGCUCAAGAGUUCGAAAAACGAAUUCUAGUCAAUACACGCGAAGAACGUAAAAAUCUCCUGCUAAAAGCACCUGGCAUGGCUGAACAAAUAUCCCAAUUUGGUGAUUUUGACAUCAUUUCUGUAGAAUCCCAGUGGGAUCCAAAUGGUGUGAAAAUGAAUCAGUUAACAGUUGAUCAUUUAAUUCAAUUCGUCGCUAAUUCAGAUUUAAAACUAGCAAAAAAAGUUAGUGCAUUAGUUCUAUCGACAAUCAAUUCAUUUUUUGAUUUCGCAUUUGUUACAACGCAUCGAACACAUGAACAACUACAAGAAUUACGUAGAAAUGCUGACAAAUGGACUGAAAACUAUUUCAUUCAUUAUCAAAGUGAUUUAGAUGGCACUUUAAGAAACUUAUAUGACGUUAUUGCAAGCGAAAUAAAUGAAAAGAUGGAAAGUAUUGUUCAAAGAGCAGCAAAACUGGACGCUGUUGAAACCAUGGGACAAUAUAUUAGAACUCUUGUGAAAGAAGAAAUUAUUAGUGCAAUUAUAAACAAAUUCAUUGAAGAUUAUGCAAUAAGAUCAAUUGUCCGAGCAUUUUUUGAUUCGUCUCUCUUAAAUAAUGCCGAUAAAAAUGAAUUUUUAGUCGCUGUACAACAAAAUCUUUUAGGCCAUCAAGUAAAUACAGAUGAUGAAACGUUUUGUCAACUUUAUUUAUGUAAGGCUAGUAUAAAACCAUUAUAUUUUAUUUGUGAUAUACUGAUUGAAACAGAUGAAGAAGAUAACGAUACAAAAGCGAGAAAGAAUUCAGGGCGUAACGAAUUAAAAAAGAAACUACGUCAAGGUAUCAAUCGAAGAAUUGUGCAAUCGAAAAAUAUGGAGCGAAGAGAUAUAGCGCAGCAAUAUUUAAAUGAUAUUCGAUCAGGAUUUAUGAAGCAAAAAAAUCAUCUAAAUCAAAUCCUUGAGCAAUGGUGCGAGGAGGAAAAACAAGAAGUGAAAGAAAAAAUCGAUGAACAAUAUGAAUUAGCAAAAAGACUUUUACCACAAAGAAAUAAAGCCUAUGGCGUAACCAAUAAAUAUUUUGCACAAUUUGCACAUAUUCAAUGUAAAUUAAUUAUUGCUCAAAGUUUAACUUCAUUUAAUGGGCAUAUUCCCAGACUGAACUUAGCGGAGCAAAUUUUUAUCGAUGACAACAAACUUUUUCAGUUUUAUUCAGCUGAAUGGUUAGAUAAAAAGGAUUUAAUUGUUAAAAAGUUGAAAAACGUGUCCAAUGUGCAGUAUUUAGAAGCACAUUAUUAUCUAGAACUAUCAAAGAUGAGUAUUCCGAAUUGUCUUCCAUUAUUGUAUCUUUAUGAAAAUAGUGAUAGUGAAUUGUGGAUGUUUUUUCCAAAAUAUGAAUGUUUAGAAAAUAAAAUAAAUACAUUAACAAUUAAAAAUGUUUUCAAUGUUAUUCGAACUAUAGCGACAUGCCUCCAAAAAUUACAUGAUAAUGAACUUAUUCAUGGAAAUGUUAAUGUAAGAAAUAUUUACAUUAAAAAUGAUGACGAAUAUUUAUUAGGUGACUUUCAUUCUACAAGAAUGCAUGAAACUCUUGAGGAAUAUGUUCAUAAAUACAAAAAACAUCAGGAACUGAAGAUAGUUGGGAACGAUAUUUAUUCUCUUGGUGAAUUAGGAAUGUUGCUCUAUGAAUCUUUGGGAAAAAAUGAAAAUAUGGUGAAAAUACUUGAUGAAUUUAAUAGUUGA